GGCGCGGAAGCCGUUUCCGCCCGGAGGUGCAAGGAAACGGCCGUCUCACCGGAAGUUCCGGAGAGCAAGCGCCGGAAGCGCAUUUCGCGUCCGUCGGGCGCCGGGAAGGAGUCGCGAUGGGCCGCAGCCGCUCCCGGUCGCCUCCGCGGAGGGAACGUCGGCGUUCCAGAUCCACCUCACGUGAAAGAGAGAGGAGGAGACGGGAGCGAUCAAGAUCUCGAGAAAGAGACAGAAGGAGAAGCCGUUCUCGUUCUCCACAUAGACGGAGAUCCAGAUCUCCUCGGCGGCAUAGAUCUAGUUCUGCUUCUCCUUCCCGGCAGAAAGAAAGGCGAGAGGAUGAGAAGGAGAGCAAAGAUGUCAAAGGCAAAGAACGUCAAAUCACAGAAGAAGACCUGGAAGGCAAAACAGAAGAAGAAAUUGAAAUGAUGAAAAUGAUGGGAUUUGCCGGAUUUGACACCACAAAGGGCAAGAAAGUAGACGGAUCUGUAAAUGCUUAUGCUGUAAACGUGUCACAGAAACGGAAAUACAGGCAGUACAUGAACAGAAAAGGUGGAUUCAACAGGCCCCUGGACUUUAUUGCUUGAUUUGUCUGCAGUUUUACCCAUAAAAACCCCCAUUGUAGUCACAUCUGCCUGGCUAAGAGAUUUUAUCUUCUCACCCAAAAGGGGGGGGGUCAUUUUUGUGAAUAAUUCCUUAAAGUAUCUCUCUCAAAUGUAUGUUUAUCCAGAGUGGUUUUUCUGGUGUUGCUAUUCCACAUUUGUAGGUUUCCUCUUUUAAAUAUUGUCAGUUAAAUUAAAAAAAAUCUUGAUUGUC